GGUGCCAUUCGCACAAAUGCGUUAGCAAAACAAAUAAACUUUUGUUGAAUUGUUAGAACUUAGAAAACACAAUUAAGUAACUGAAUUAUCGAGGAAAUGCGGCUGACAAAGCUGUGGCAAAAUCGCUCGCCCGGCGACCGCCACUUGAGCACAUACUUCUGCUUUGCGGCAGUGCGCCUCCUGCUUGUCUUUGUGCCACAACUGGGCUACGUGCAUCCGGAUGAGUUCUUCCAGAGCGUGGAGGUGAUGACUGGUGAUCACUUCCGGCUGGAGCACACGCGCACCUGGGAGUUCAACAACUCGCUGCCGGUGAGGUCGAUUGUUCUGCCGUUCGCCCUGCUCCGGAUUCCCUGGAGCUUCUACGAGUUCAUUGCCGAGUGCCUGAAGGUCUGGUGGCAGCUGGAACUGCUGGGCACCUACACCUAUGUGGUGUUCCCUCGGCUGAUUUACACCCUGAUCUCCUUCAGCAAUGACUACUGCUUGUACCGCAUUUGCCGACUUUAUGGACUCCGGUUCGAAAUCCGGCUCUUGGCUAUGGGUAGCUCCUGGAUUCUGCUCGUCUUCGGCACCCGCACCUUCUCCAACAGCCUGGAAAUGGCCAUGUGCUCCUGGCUGCUCUGCUUGGUAUCCGAAUGCAUGCUGCGCACGAAUACAGUGGUGUACAAGAAGGAGUUCCUCGAAGAGAAGUACGACAAGGCGGAGUCCAUCAGCGAAAGAGUGCGCAUUUGGAAGCUGAAAAACUCCCUACCGGCGCACAAUCUGCAGCACCUCAUGGCCAUGUCAACCAUUUGCGUGGCUGGAGUGUUUAAUAGACCUACGUUCCUGCUCUUCGGAGCACCCAUGGUUUUCUUUUGGCUGCUGCGCGGCAUGGGAACCAGAAGCAUCACCUUCAGGGACUUUAACCUGCGCAUUGCACUCUUCUGCUUGUGCGCCCUGCCUGCGCUAGUACUCUUUAUAUUCUGCGACUCGCUGUAUUACCAACACUUGACCCUCGGGGAACUGCACAUGAUGCACUUGAGCAUCGACAACUUUGUCUUCACGCCCUGGAACUUCAUUAAAGCCAAUCUGGAUUCGGCACAGACGGCCAGCCACGGCGUCCAUCCGUGUUAUGUCCACCUGAUGGUCAACAUGCCAAUGCUGUUCAACGUCCUUGCCUUGGCUUCGCUGGGAGCCUUUGCACAGUUGCUGCUCAGAUUCUUCCGGGCGGAGUACCAGGUGCUGCCGCGCUUCCAGAGCAUCGUGUCAUUGAUGUCGGGGGCCAUAUUUGUGCCCCUCUUCUUUCUUUCGCUAAUCAACCACCAGGAACCACGCUUUCUGUUGCCAGUCACAUUUCCCCUUAUUCUGCUACAUGCGCCCAAACUAAUCACCGGAUUUAGUGCAAAGUACCCCUUCCAAAAGGACCACCCACUCUUACGCUUGUUCUACGACAAACUGCUUUCCAGCAAAGCUUCUGGUCCCUACCUGCUGAAGAUCUGGUACGUAAGCAAUGUGGCUCUGACCCUAUUCUUUGGCUUCAUCCACCAGGCGGGCGUUUAUCCCUUGGCGGCGGACAUGUCGCAUGUGAUUGCCACUAAGCCGGCAGCAAUGCACGUUCAUCUUAUAACGUCGCACAUAUACAGCCUGCCCUUGCACCUGAUCAACAUUCCCAGCUCAAGGGUACUGCACUUCAACCGGCAGACGCACCAGCGAUAUCGUCGCCCAAGAGACUUCUAUAUGUACGAGUACGGAGGCCUACCCUUGGAAUCCCUGCUGCAGAAGGUGAAACUCAUCAGUGGGAGCUGCGAGGUGAAGCAGUCGGGACCAAGUCGGCGGCGCUACAAACUUUACUUGGCCAUUCCGGCGUCACUAAGUGAAGAACUUCACGAGGCUCUAGUGCACUCCAAUGCCACUAGCUACCUUAACUUCGAACUGCUAAAGGUGUUCUAUCCACACCUCUCCACGGAGGCAUUCCCCCGACUUCAGGGAAGGCAUCCGUGCGAUGUGGAUGCUCCUCAUUGGUCGUACGAUGAUCUUCGGGGCCGUUGUGCCGCAGAGCAGCUACCCGCGUUCAGUUUUGCCUACCUAAACAAGCAAUUCAGCUCCGUCGUCCAUCAACUAGGACUGGCGCUCUACGAGAUCGAUGUGACGCGCAACAAGCCAAGGUAUGUUACACUUGCCCAUUCGGGGUGUUCAACCACUAAAGGAUACUCUCUUCCCUUCGUCCAGUUCCUCAUUUGCUUGGCCCUCUGCAUCGCCGCCGCCCAGGCUGGCUUCAUUGCCGCUCCGGUGACCACUUACGCCGCUGCUCCAGCAUAUGCCGCCGCCUACACUGCUCCUGUGGCCACCUAUGCCGCUGCUGCACCAGCCAUCUCCACCUAUGCCGCCGCUGCUCCUGCCUACUCCACCUACGCCGCCGCCGCUCCUGCCUACUCCACUUACGCUGCUGCCGCUCCCGCUUACACCGCCUCGGUGUACGGUGCUCCGGCCUACACCGCUCCGGUGGCCACCUAUGCCGCUCCCGUCACCACCUACUCGGCUCCGGCCAUCGUCAGCCCCUUCCUGAAGAAGAAGUAAACGCGCACUACCAUUCAGACAUCCAAACGAUCCGAUAAACUAAAUAAAACGCCAAUCUAAGCGAGAUCUUACAACUAAA